AUGGCGCAGGUGGGCCGUGCGCGCGUGGACGGCCCCGGCGCGCUGCUGCCCGCGGGCUUCUGGAGCGCGGUGGCCGUGUGGGUGGAGAGGCCGCAGGUGGCCAACAAGCGGCUGUGCGGCGCCCGCCUGGAGGCCCGCAGGAAAGCUGCGUGGGCCGAGUCCCGGGGGAGACCGGGGCCCGGGCAGGCUUCCCCCGAGGGGGCCCGCGGCCCGGGGCUGCCAGGGCGGGAGCCGGCCGCCGCAGACCCCGGGCUACGGCCCCUCAAGGCUGGAGCCCGCGACCCCGCCGCGGAUCUCGACUCGCUGUGGCAGCGGUUCUCCCCAAGCCUUGCUGACGGCCAUCCAGCGAUGCUGGCUUUCCUCGCCGGCUCCGGGGCGGGAUCGCAGCCAGAAGCACCGGGGGAACUCGAGCUGGUUCUCCGAACCGUCAUCCCGAAAACAAGCCCGCAUCGCCCGCUUGCAGUGCCGAAGAGGGAGGUGGUCGUGCAUGAUGUUCUCAGUGGAACUGUGACUUUCUUACCUUUGGAAGAAGAUGACAGGGGGAAUUUGGAGGUUAAGAAGAGCAAUGUGUAUCAGAUUCAGCUCAGUCACAGUGACGGAGAAUGGUUCAUAUCUGUUUUAAUUUUCUGUCCAGAGAGGUGGUAUUCAGAUGGCGUUGUUUAUCCCAAGCCUACCUGGCUUGGAGGAGAACUUCUGGCCAGGCUGACCAGGUGGGCCGUGGAGAGCAGGAAGAGCGAGCUUAAAAGCACUCUUUCCCUCGUGUCCGUCAUGCGCUACAGCAAGGUGUACCAGGAACUUAAAGAGAAGUACAGGAGCAUGGUCAAGGUGUGGCCUGAAGUAACAGAUCCUGAAAAGUUUGUAUAUGAAGAUGUGGCUAUUGCUACCUACCUGCUGAUCCUGUGGGAAGAGGAAAGAGCUGAGAGGGGAGUUACUGCCAAGCAGUCCUUUGUGGACUUGGGGUGUGGAAAUGGCCUCCUAGUCCACAUCUUGAGCAGUGAGGGGCAUCCAGGCAGAGGGAUUGAUGUCCGAAGAAGAAAAAUCUGGGACCUGUAUGGACCUCAGACUCAGCUGGAGGAAGGGGUGAUCACUCCAAGUGAUGAGACCUUGUUCCCUGGUGUUGAUUGGGUGAUUGGUAACCAUUCCGAUGAGCUCACCCCUUGGAUACCUGUCAUCGCAGCCAGGUCUUCCUACGACUGCAGGUUCUUCGUCCUGCCCUGUUGCUUCUUUGACUUUGUGGGGCGAUACCGCCGGCGUCAGAGCAGGAAGACGCAGUACCGGGAGUACCUGGACUUCAUACUGGAGGUGGGGCUGUCCUGCGGCUUCUGUGUACAGGAGGACUGCCUCAGGAUUCCUUCCACCAAGCGGGCCUGCCUCAUUGGGAAAAGCAGAACAUAUCUACCCACUGCAGAGGCUUGGAUGGAUGAGCAAAGGACACAGUACCUCCAUAGCAGGCGGGGUCACCCCCAGAGCCUGCCUGGUGAGGAACAUGUACUGUCUGUGUCCCGGUUUGCUUCCAGUGAUGGUGGUCACAGAACCUUCGAUGCCGGGACUGAGUGUGUGCCUGAGAUCCUGGCUGCUGAGUGUGGAGCAGGACCCCCCACCAAAGGGUCCUGGCUGCCUGGGUUCCACCCUAGAGAAAAAGCUGAGCCUGUGAGGAACUGUGCCACUCUCCCUCGAGACUUCAUCGACCAGGUGGUUUUGCAGGUGGCAAAUUUGUUGUUAGGUGGGAAGAAGUUAAACACAGAAAGAUCUCAGGAUGGGAGCUUGCAGACCUGGAAUGGCGGAGGGAGCCUUUCCUUGGCAGAAGUGGCCAGGGAGCUGGAUCCUGAGACACUGUGGCAGCUGAAGCGGGAGUGUGGGGGCCUGAAGACACUGCUCAGGAACUGCCACCAGGUGUUUGAAGUUCACAAUGGGCAAGUUCACAUUCGUGACUGGCGACAGGAGCUGCAAAAGGAGAAGCCGUCUGAGGCCAAGCGGAGCCAGUCCUCAGAGGCUGUCAAGACACGCAUCUGCUGGUUCUUCGCUCACCAUCCUGAUGGCUGCGCGCUGUCUGCUGCCUGCUGCCCAUUCGCCCAUGGGCCUGAGGAGUUGCGCCCACCUCGGAUGUUCAAGAAGCAAAGGCCGGUCCAUUCAGGAGCCACUUCCUCCAGUGAGCCAGGCCACUAAAAGGGACACUGUCCUUGGAGGCAAGCACCUUUAACAGCUGAGCCAUCUCUCCAGCCCAGCACUCUCCUUGCGCUGGUGGUUCUGUGGCUCCUCUGCCUAACUCCCCAGCCCUGGUGAUUGCCAUUCUCAUCUGGGAAAGCAGAGGCGCUCCGUUGCUCAUGGCACCUAGCAGGGGCUCCUCUCAGUGUGUGCCUGCAGCCUGGAUCAGAUAGUGUGUGUCCUCAGCACUCAAGAGCCCUCAGUCCACGCUUAGGCCUCACUGACUGGUCGCAGUUGCUGAGUCAGCCUCUGGAGAGCACAGGUCUCCCCAAGGGGUUGUAGGCCCUGACUUCACUGCUGUGGAAACUCACUGCUGGGGCACUCAGAGGGUCCUGCUUUGGAAAGGCAUGAGGCCUGUGGAGGGCAUUGCCAGAGUCCUGGAGAGACCAGCUUCCUCAGCAUCUCACCUGUGGUUUGUGUGUAACACUCGGGAUGAACACUGCCUCCUCCCUGCCCUUCUACACUGGACCCUCUCCCCUGAAAUGUCUGCCAGUUUUGAUUUCUUCCAAAGAAAAUUACUGUGUUCUCAUUUAAAAUCAUUUAUACACUUGGAUACACAGUCUGCCCUGUACCCUGGGGACUGCUCCACCUGGGCCAUCUUGCUGAUUUUUGACAACCUAGUGAGGGUAUACUUAAUGAUGCUUGAGUGAUGAGAAUAAAGUCAACCUUCUCUGAA